GAAGCCGAGUCCCUGAAAAAAUACUUGUUCCGGCUUUCUCGUCGCACACUCUGCGCCGAACUCACCGCCGCCUCGCCUCUCUCUCCUACUUCCCCGUCUCUUCUUUCAGUUCUCUCCCUCCCCUUUCGCUUCUGUUCCUUCCCUCAAUUUGUUAAGGGGCAGAAAAGAGAACACACCACAACACAGCCUUGCUGCAUGCUCCAAGAAAAGGCAGGAGAAACAGUUGCGUCUUCGUCGGCAUCUCCUCUCUGGGCACUGCCUCUCUCCGUUCCCGAGGCCGUUUUGACCGGCAACUCUUGCGCCAUCUCCGUGCAACAGAGAAAGCCGCAAGACUUUCCUCGGUCGCGUUUGAGAUGGGCGUUGAAGCUUUCACGGCUGAAGACGCAAGGCUCUCGACUUCUGCUCCCUGCCGACUGUCGAGGAAGAGCGCCGCCUCAGAGACUCGCGGUGUUGUCUCUCUUCUCUCGCGUUUCUCGGACGUUCUGGAGGCUUCGCGUCCCGCGGCUUUCGCCUCGUCUUUGCUUACCUGUUGACGGGGCCGAACGUCGGGCGUUUCGUCUCGUUGACGCCUCUGCUUUGCCGAGGCGCCGCGACGCCGUCACUUCUCGCCAGUUCUUCCAGAACUCUCAGCUGCUCCUCCACUCGUACAGCCUGCAGAUGCAACCGGAAGGGUAUCCGUUCGUCUCCGUCUCUGUCUUGCGAUCUCUCGACCAGUCUGUAUGAGUGUCUCUGCAUCGAGUUCUGUGCGUGUCUAUGUCUCAAAACGUCUUCGAGCUUUCAACAACAGCUAAUAUGGCAUCUGUAGACCUCGGUAAACAUCUGGAGAUGUACAUGUGUGUGAAGUCGUGAGUUGUCGGCUGGCUGGUGGCUGAGUUCUUCUUUCAGAGAUUUCUGUGGUUCCCGUCCUCUCCUCGAUGCGAGACUGGAGGACCUCCCCCUGAACGGAAGUUUGUGGGGGGCGGGAGCGUCUCUCACGAUGGCUGUUCCUUGGUCUGUGCUCGUCUCCUUUCUCUCCUCCGCGCCGUUCCUGUUAGCUGCAGCGGGUCUGGCCUUCCUCGUCCUCGACUUCUUCGCAGUCUACCAACUCAAAAAGAUCUACGCGCCCUCGGUCUCGGCGCAACCGCGAGAAGACGAGGCCUUUCCAGCCGUGACGCCGGCCCAGCAGGCCUGCGAGGAACAGCGAAGCGAUGUUCCGGGAUCAUACGAGCAAGGCUUCGACGCCGACGAGGACGCGCGAGAAGGCAGGGACUCGGACGAUGAGGACGAGCACGAUGGGGAUCGACGCCGGGGCUUCCGCGCUGCGCUCGAGCAGUGGGCGGCUCGGUCUCUUCCUCGCACUCUCUUUCGUCUUCAAGGAGGAGACGGAGCGAGUCUCAGGACUCUCACAGUGCCGCCCAGGCUCACAGGAGGCCAGACUCGGUCUGCCUUCAUGCUGCUUCUCUCCGUCGCGAUUCUCGCGCGGGCAGUGUCUCUUUUCCUCAUGGCGUGGAUUGUGUCGGAAGCCUCGGAGACUCCUGCAGACGCCGUGACCUCCUCCGAGUCGCCGGCCGCGCAUGCAGAGAGUCCUGUCUUCUCCUGCCCCCCCGCUGCGGACCAGCCCUCGCCUGCGGAAUCGUUUCAGUUCUCUCUCGAUCGAGAGUGGAUUGUGCUCUUCCUCGACUCCGCUCCCUCUCUCAUCUUCUUCUCUGCUCUCUCUCUCAUCGUUCUCUUCUGGGCGAAGAUCUACUACGCCGCCAUCCUCAUCGCCUAUCCCCACUUUGAAAAAGGUCCGUGGCUCUGCUCGGGCGGACUCCUCGCCUUCUUUCUUCUGUUUUUCAUUCUCGCCGUUCUUCUCCAAGCGAAGCGCUCCGCGACGCGCGCGCUGCAGAUCUUGGCCGCGGUCCUCUUCGGCCUCGCCGCUGGGGCAUUCUUCGUUUACGGGACGAAGGUUGCAAAGAAGUUGUCGGAGCGAAGCAAAACUCCGUCGAGAAAAAACAGCAUUGUCCGACGGGUCCUCGUCCUCGCGCUGGUCUGUCCGGUCUUGUUCGCUGUGAGAUCGGUCGUCGCUCUGAGAGGACAGACGCCUCCCUCGUUUCCUCUGUGUCUGUCCCUGCCUCUGACCUGGCACUCCCAGCCUCUUGUUGAAGCUGCGGCUGUGUACGUCCUCACCGAGUGGAUCCCUGCUCUCCUCAUCCUGGUGACGUUCUGGCGCCGCCGAGGAGUUCGAAACUCUGUCCGCUCUCAGCAGCAGAGACAGCUGAUGCAGAUCCAGGACGGCGAAGAGCGGGUGCACAGCAUGGAUUCGACAGUUGCCGCCCCGUUGAUGCAUCAGAAUUUUUGCCCGCUGCUUGCUCCGCCAGCUUACGUCCAGCCGCCUUCGCUUUUCGAUCUGAGUGUUCGUCACAAUGCAGCUGCAGGCUCCCAUCCCGGUGGUCCAGGUCCCGGAGAAAGUCUCUCUGAAGCAUUUUAUCGACAUAGUUCGCAAGAAGGACUGUUGUUUCAGCCAUACGCGCCGACGUAUCCUGGUCGCGGCAAUUAUCCGCCUGGCUUCGGGACUUCGUACAACGGCGCGUAUUACCAGCAGUACUAUCCUCCUCCUGCUCUGUAAAUUCAUGUUUCCGCUUGGGUGUCUCGCGAGACUUCUGUCCGUGAACGCAUCUGCCGUUUCCAGACACAACGCUGGCCAAGGUGUGGAUCUGGUUUUUUGCAAAUUUCGGUGCGUCUGCUCCAUUGCGCAUAUCUACACAAAUGUGCAUGCAGAGACGCGCAUUCAAAUAUCCACAUGCACAAAUAUGCAAAUGUAGAGUCGAAAAUGCUUUUUAUCUGUGGAACGCGCAGAGUCUGCUGUGGAUGUCCGCGGAGGCGGCGCAGUUUUCUCUUUUGCAGAGAUGUCUCGAACUUUAGGUCUUUCCGUACAUGCCCCCUGCAUUUGAAGGUGAUGCCGCCCGCCGUUCACUCCCGCGAUUCUGUCCGCCUGGAGACAGCGCUGCACCCAUUCUGCUCCUCUCUGUGUCGAUGGCAUUUGGCCGGUUUGUCUGCGAAGCAGUCGAGUCUGCUCUUCAACGUCUGGGCGCCUCUGCAGAGAGCGAAACGUAGAGACCGACGGAGCGGCGGGCCGCCUUCUCAACGUCUGCCCC